AUGUCUCUCUCCAACAAGCUUAGCAUCACCGAGGUCGACCUUAAGGACAAGCGUGUCUUGAUCCGAGUCGACUUCAACGUCCCUCUCGAUGAGAACAAGAAUGUCACCAACCCUCAGCGCAUUGCCGGUGCCCUUCCCACCAUCAAGUACGCCAUCGAGAACGGUGCUAAGGCUGUUGUCCUGAUGUCCCACCUGGGUCGUCCUGACGGCAAGGUCAACCCCAAGUACAGCCUGAAGCCUGUUGUCCCCGUCCUGGAGAAGCUGCUCGGCAAGAGCGUUAUCUUCACCGAGGACUGUGUCGGUCCCCAGGUUGAGGAGACUGUCAACAAGGCCUCCGGUGGCCAGAUUGUUCUGUUGGAGAACCUGCGUUUCCACGCCGAGGAGGAGGGCAGCUCCAAGGAUGCCGAGGGCAAGAAGGUUAAGGCUGAGAAGGAGAAGGUUGCUGAGUUCCGUAAGGGUCUCACUGCCCUUGGUGAUGUCUACACGAUGCCUUCGGCACUGCCCACCGUGCCCACAGCUCCAUGGUCGGUGUCGAGCUCCCCCCAGAAGGCCGCCGGUUUCCUCGUCAAGAAGGAGCUGGAGUACUUCGCCAAGGCCCUCGAGAGCCCUGCCCGUCCAUUCCUCGCCAUUCUGGGUGGUGCUAAGGUCUCCGACAAGAUCCAGCUGAUCGACAACCUUCUGCCCAAGGUGAACAGCCUGAUCAUCACCGGUGCCAUGGCCUUCACCUUCAAGAAGACCCUUGAGAACGUGAAGAUCGGUAACUCUCUCUUCGACGAAGCCGGCAGCAAGAUAGUCGGUGACAUCGUCGAGAAGGCCAAGAAGUACAAUGUCGAGAUUGUCUUGCCCGUUGACUACGUCACUGCUGACAAGUUCUCCGCUGAUGCUACCAUCGGCGCUGCUACCGAUGCCACUGGUAUCCCCGAUGGCUACAUGGGUCUGGAUGUUGGUCCUGAGUCUGUUAAGCUUUACCAGAAGACUAUUGCUGAGGCCAAGACCAUUCUCUGGAACGGUCCUCCUGGUGUCUUCGAGCUGAAGCCUUUCGCUAACGCUACCGAGAAGACUCUCGAUGCGGCUGUCAAGGCUGCUACCUCUGGUGCUAUUGUCAUCAUUGGUGGUGGUGACACUGCUACUGUUGCUGCUAAGUACGGUGUUGAGGACAAACUCUCUCACGUCUCCACUGGUGGUGGUGCUUCUCUUGAGCUGCUGGAGGGCAAGGAGCUGCCUGGUGUUGCUGCUAUCUCUAGUAAGUCUUCUUAA